AUGUAUCUUCCACGGUCCCUUAUAUCCAAACUUUACCUCCACCUACAGAACACGCGACAUCCUCUCUCCCCUCCCGUCCUCGUCCUCGUUGCGCUCGAACCCGAUGCCCUCUGCGCAUGUCGAAUCCUGACCCGUCUGCUGAAGCACGACUACAUUCCUCACAAGAUCCAACCCGUCUCCGGCUAUGCUGACCUCGAUCGCGCUGGCCGGGACCUGGUCCAACCUAUGAUGGAGACCCAAGGAGGCAGUGGAGGAGUUGUUGUUUGCCUCGGGGUCGGUGGCAUGGUUGACCUGGGAAGCUUGCUGGGACUGGAACCUGAGGGAGAGGAGUUGACUUUUGGCGGCGUUGAAGUUUGGGUUAUGGACUCUCAUCGCCCGUGGAACUUGGGCAACGUCUUUGGUGGCUUUCCUCUCGAGCCCGCUGUCGAGGACGGGGCCAGCCUACAGUCGAGAUGCCCUGCAGGAGUGGUGGCUGGCCGGAUCGACCGCGCUUACAAGCCUGGCAAGGGCGGCAUCGUUGUAUUCGACGACGGUGACAUCGAAGACGACCUUACUACGGAAAGAGAGGCGUACCUAGCCUUGCUGGACAUGCCCGAAGUCGAUGAUGAUGGCGAGGACUUGGGAGAUGACCACAAUGACGAUGCCGAGGAUGAGGACUUAGAAAAGGAGAAUGUUCUCCGCAAGUAUUACAAGAUCGGCGCCUCCUUCUCCGAGCCGAUUUCCUCAAUGAUGUACUCGCUGGCCUCAGAGCUUGGCCGAGAAGACAACGACUUGUUGUGGCUUACCAUUGUUGGCGUCACAUCGAUGGAGCUUUAUGGCAGAUCCUCUGCAGGUAUUGCGGUUCCAGUCCGUAACUCUGAUAGGGGUCAAGGAAACGGCUGGAUGGGAGUACGAGGUGCACGUAUCCGCCAACUACUAAGAGACGAAGUCCGGCGCCUCAAUCCCCCUGAAGUUACCAAUGGUCGCACGCCGACCGCCGAGAGCUCAGGUAUCAUCCCCACCACUGCUCGUAGCCCCGAAGACACGAGCAUCAGGCUAUCACCGGAGCCCAAGUUCCUCCUAAUCAGACACUGGAGUCUGUACGAUAGCAUGCUUCACUCGCCGUAUCUGUUUGCACGGCUGAAGACGUGGAGCGAGACAGGUCUGAAGCGACUCCACAAACUCCUGGCCAAGAUGGGCGUCAGUCUGGUUCAGUGUAAGCAGAGCUACACGCACAUGGACAUGAUGCUGAAGCGAGAGCUGCGGACCAAGCUGCUUAAGUACGCUUCUCUCUACAACCUGGACGACAUGGUUCCUUCUGUUGACACAGAUGGGAGGGACCGGGCCGGUGCCAAGGAUGGUUGGGGAUUUGUCCGCAGCUGGGGCUGGCGAGCAACUCUGAGCGCGCAAGACGUUGGCGUAGUUAUCGGUGCUUUGUUGGAGGUGGGUAAACAUCACGACGUUGCUGAGCUCACUCAAGCACCCAAGGACUCUCAGUUCGAAGAAGUAGAUGAUGACGAGAUCGUCGCGAUGCAAGGAGAGGAGUGGGUUGGCCGGUUCUGGGAAGCUUACGAUGCACUCGAAGAUAUCGAUGCUCUCAAGGCAGGACUUCCCACAGCCCAGUUCCUGCAUCGUGCGAUCUACCGCACGGGUACGUCACUCAUCAACAAGAAGCAGAUCAAGCACUUGCGGGCAUUCCGCAUGUGCGUCGUCAAGGAGGGACCAGACGUUCCCGUCUUCGGUCACCCGGCCGCACUCACCAAGCUUGCUCUCUGGGUUGGCGAGGCUCUCGUAGAGCAAGAGAAGGACACUACUGGCCGUCUCUCUCACGGAGGUCGCGGCACGCCGCUAGUCGUUGCCAGCCUCAACGACAAGCGCGGGGUCUACCUAGUGAACGACGAAGAAGAAGAAGAAGAAGCUAAGGAGAAGGGCUACGGUCUGAAUCGAUUCGGAUCGGCGUUCCAGGAAGUUGUGGCCGAAACCAACGCCCGCGUCCGUAUAGACAGCUUCGAGCACUGUGUGGUGGAAGUUAAGAAGGAGGAUCUGGGUGGCUUCUUGGAGAGCUUGAGCAUGAAGGCCGUUGUCGGUUAA